AUUGACAGUUCGGCUAUCUUUGCUUCAAGAGCUUUGAAAGGGGGAUAAUUUCCAUUUUUUUGUCUUAUAAGUAAUGUUACAUGAAUACAGUAGAAAACCAACCUAGUGCAAGCACUUGCCAAUUAUUGAACUCCCUUGGAUGCUCUAAAGAUAUCAAACAUCGCCAUUUAAAACCAUUAGGAAAGAUCUAUAAAAAUAGUCGAACAUUGACACAUAAAUUAAACGAGGUUCAAGCGAAACGUCGAGUAGAGGUGUAUCUGAUUAUUUAAUAAACAUUGGUAAUCGAAAUUAUUUAUGAGACACCCUCUAUAAUUCAUUUCGAUCAAUAUUGCCGAAAUAAUGGCAAAUAACAAUGAGAAAAAUACAAAAAAUCACAAUUGAAAUGUACGUUAACAAACGGAAAAUGAAUAUUUUAUGCGCCACACAGGCAAAACGGCCGACUUGUCAAAUUCACGUGCUCUAGAAUGGUUUAUAACAAAAUUAUAACCUCAAAAUCUCGAAAUAAGUUACCUGCGACAAAUGUUCAAAUUAUAUUAUAAAAUAAUAAAAUUAAAAUAUGAAAACAGAAGAUUUAGAAAGUAACAAAUUAAAAGGAUAUUUCAAGCAAAUAAUCGAAGGUAAAAAAGUGGAAGCGGAUAUAACUGUUCUCAACAGUAUCUUAUCAACAACUCUUGGUAUAAAUGUUACCAUUUUACAUCCCAAAUUUAAGUGUAUAUUACCUCAUAUGCUCAUACAUUUCAUAAAAUGUUGGCCUGGGUGGAAAAAAGCAUACCAAUAUUAUAGUCAACAAAUAACCUUAGAGGACUGGUAUCAAAAGUUCAAAGAAUACUUGAUAUAUAAGUUUCAGUAUAUGAUUAAAAAUGAUUGUGAAGAAGUUGUUGCUAUGCUGCGUUAUCAAGGUGUUAAAUUGGUAGAUGAAGUAGUGGAUAAACAAGAUGUUGAUACUCAAACUAACCAUAAUGUAGAAAAAACCAUAGCACCAUUUAGUGUUGAAGUGACUGGAACCCCAAAAAUUCUGAAUUCAUUGGUAUUCUCUGAAGGCACAAAAGAUGAUGUUUUCGUAAAGCAAUACAAUGUAACAACACUUUGGGGUCCUCCAUUAAAUGAAAGACAACUUAUAAAUUGGCCUCACAUAGAAAUAGAAUUCCAGUCGAACCAUCUUCAUUUCAAGAGGACUAACAAACAUGAUUUUGAUAGGUGUCUUACAUUUAGUUCGGAAAAAAUUUUUUUCAAAAACAUUGAAAAUUUUGUUGAGAAUAUUGAUAUUAUUGAUGAAAAUAUUGAUAGAAAAGCGUAUACUCUAAAUGCUGUAAAAGAAUACUGUAAUGCUUUUAUUGAUUUUGUGAAAACCAAAGAAAAUGUUUUAGAUAGUUCAAAUACUAUAAAUGAAGUAGAAACCAUUUUGAAUGAUUUUAUUUUUGAUAUAAAAGACAUAAAUAUGAAUAGUAUUGCUACAAAUACUUCUGUGAUAUUUAAUAUUGGAAAUUCCAUGUAUGCAAGAAACAAGAUCAUUAAAACCAGUGACCGUGCCAUUUGUUUUGGAGAAUGUAUAACGCCUAAGAUGUUACUUUCUCUUUUCAGUUUCACAGCCAUAACAGAUCCAACGAUAACUUCAUUCAAUCAUUUAUUCAACGACAAUAAUAAACUAUCUUUAUUGAUAACAUAUAAAUGUACAUAUUGCAAUAUCUCUUUCAAGAAAUCAAUUGAGUUGUGGAAUCAUUUACAGAAUGCCCACAUUAUGGAACAACCAGUAUUAUGUUUCAAGUGCAAAGCACAAUUUAAUGUGUCAAAUCUGACAAAUAAUAGGUGGUUUCAUAAUUGCAGCAAAGCAAGCAGAACUGAAUAAAUCCCUUUUUCAAAUAAAAA